UUUGACAGCACAAAGGAGUCGGCCAUUUUAUUGCUGCCUGGAAGACGUAGGGAGAAGCAAAGCUUUUCUCCAAGAAGGCAUUCUUGUGUUUUUUGAAUUGUUUUGUUGUAAGGCGCGAUUAAUUCACGUACAAAAUUGUAUACGCAUUUGUAGACUUCAAUAAAUAUAUGUGUUAAGUGAUAAGAAGAAAUGGAUGAUCCGAAUAGGAUGAUGGCGCAUAGCGGUGGCCUCAUGGGACCACAGGGCUACGGCCUGCCUGGGGGCGAAGCCACACCCGCCACCGAAGGCGAAGCCCGAAAGCAGGACAUUGGCGAGAUUCUACAGCAAAUCAUGAAUAUUACCGACCAGAGUCUUGAUGAAGCACAAGCGAGAAAGCAUACAUUAAACUGUCACAGAAUGAAACCUGCGUUGUUUUCAGUGUUGUGUGAAAUAAAAGAGAAAACGGUGCUGUCGCUCCGCAACACGCAAGAGGAGGAGCCCCCAGACCCUCAGCUCAUGAGGCUGGACAACAUGCUGAUCGCGGAGGGAGUGGCUGGCCCCGAAAAGGGUGGUGGUGCGGGAGCUGCAGCAUCAGCCUCUGCUGCGGCUGGAGAGUGGGGCACUGUGGCCCAAGCAGAUAACGCGAUCGAGCAUUCCGACUACCGCGCGAAGCUGGCGCAGAUCAGACAGAUUUACCACCAGGAGCUGGACAAGUACGAGAACGCCUGCAACGAGUUCACCACGCACGUCAUGAAUCUGCUCAGGGAGCAGAGCCGCACCAGGCCUAUUACACCCAAGGAAAUUGAGCGCAUGGUGCAGAUCAUCCACAAGAAGUUCAGCUCCAUCCAGAUGCAAUUGAAGCAGUCCACCUGCGAGGCUGUCAUGAUUCUCCGUUCACGUUUCCUGGACGCGCGCCGCAAGCGCCGCAACUUCAGCAAGCAGGCGUCCGAGAUACUCAACGAGUACUUCUACUCGCACCUGUCCAACCCUUACCCCAGCGAGGAGGCUAAGGAGGAGCUGGCGCGCAAGUGCGGCAUCACCGUGUCCCAGGUGUCGAAUUGGUUCGGCAACAAGCGCAUUCGCUACAAGAAGAACAUCGGCAAGGCGCAAGAGGAAGCCAACUUGUAUGCCGCUAAGAAAGCUGCUGCAGCGGGCGCCUCGCCGUACUCCAUGGGCGCGGCGUCGGGCACGGCCACGCCCAUGAUGUCGCCGGCGCCCACGCAGGACUCCAUGGGCUACUCGCUGCCGGCGCCGCCCUACGACCAGCCGCAGCCCUACGACGGCUCCAUGGGCUACGACCCCAUGCACCAGGACCUGUCCCCAUAGGUAUGGCUCGCCGGCCGCGCCCGGAGCUCGCAGUAGCGGCGAUCCGACGCGCCUUAGUACAUUGUAUACUAUACAUUUUAUCCCUAACGCGUAUUUUUCGACAUGCAUCUUUAAGCUAUUCGUAUUAUUUGGAAUUUUAGGACUGGACCCAGUAUUUGUUCUUUUAUUUAUACAUUAAAAUGGCCUUUGAUACAUUGUAGGAAUGUGACCGUCGAUGUGAAGGAAAUAUUAUGUCUACACAUAAGUUAAUUAAACACUAUAUUGAUUACAAUACAUCACAUCACAAAUAAUUUAACUAAAGAAUCACAUUAAAUCACUGAUUUUAAAAUAUUUACCAAACGCUGUACAUCGAGAGAUUACAUUUUAUAUUAACUUUAAAAUGACUAUGUUCCUACGAUACUCAAAAUCUUCAAAAUGUGGCAGCUCCAAGUAUUAUUUCAAAAAUUAAACUAUUCGGCAGUAUUAGUGUAACAAGUGGCGGGAUCUCGGUUUUUAUCGUUCACUACUGAUAUAUACGGUGGAAUAUAGAUAUACGAUAGGUGUAAGUUUAGUGUAAGCUAGUGUAAGCAUUCAGAUAUUUUGUGCUGAAUAGUGUUCGAUGUUGGUGUGUUGCCAUCGCGUGACUGUCGACGAUAUGUUUCAUGGGAAAAUGUAUGUUAAUCACACAUAUCAAUAAGUGUGUAAUUCCAUUGAGAACGUACAGUAAUGCAUAGGAAAAAUAUUUGUAGCACUCCAGUGUUUAAACAUACAUGCUAUAUGAAAUAGCUAACAUUCUUGCCAGUCGACAGUCACGGCGGAUGCGAACACCUAAAUGUGUGCAAUUUUAAUAUUUUAGCGAGGGUUGUGAGGCGCACACGCAGGUCUGUACCACGCGGGCUCUCGGAUCGGUGUAUUAUUUUACAUGUGCUAUUUAUAUACAUUAUA